AUGCAAGAUUUCAUCAUGGGAAAUGGCUAUUACAACAUAGUGGCUACUGUGCUAUUGGUCAUGAAUCUUGAGAGGACACGAUCAUUGCAGGAUUUCUGUAACUGUUCAGCAGGUACUUUCUGUGGGAAAAGCAGUCUGGAGCCUUGCAUUUCUUGUCCUUUAAAUAGUUUCUCCAGCACAAGCGGACAGAAGUCCUGUGACAUAUGCAGAAAGUGUGAAGGUAUUUUCAGGAUCAAGAAGCCGUGUUCCCCCACCAGCAAUGCAGAGUGUGAAUGCAUUUCGGGAUUCCACUGCCAAGGGGCAGGAUGUUCCAUGUGUGCAAAGGACUGUAAACAAGGUCAAGAAUUAACAAAUGAGGGUUGUAAAGACUGCUCUUUUGGGACAUUUAAUGAUCAGGAACACGGCAUCUGUCGACCUUGGACAGACUGUUCUUUGAAUGGAAAGGCUAUCCUUGUAAACGGGACGAAGGAAAGUGACGUAGUGUGUGGACCACCGCCACCUGACUUCUCUCCAGGUGCAUCCUCCACCAUCGUGCCUGCCUCUGGGAGAGAGCCAGGUCUCACCUCCCAGAUCAUCAUCUUCUUCCUUGCCCUGACAUCAGCUGCCAUGCUGUGCCUGGCAUCCUUCGUGUUUCUCCGUUUCUCUGUGGUUAAACAGGGCAGAAAGAAGCUCCUGUAUAUAUUCAAACAACCAUUUAUGAGACCAGUACAAACAGCCCAAGAGGAAGAUGCCUGCAGCUGCCGAUUUCCAGAAGAAGAGGAAGGAGAAUGUGAACUGUGA